CUUACACCAUUCCAGACUACUCUUUGUGAGAUACUUCCGUAUCAAUCUUUGGAGCUUUUUGAUAAGCAUUACUUGGAAACGUUCAAUGUACAAGACAUACAGUUGAUAUGUUGCCAAUCUGAUUCCAGCACGAUAUGGCUGGUUCCUCCUGUGAUUCAACAGCGAUAUAUCAGAUCUCUGAACAGUACCUUGGAUUUUAUUUUCACAUGGGUUUUUAUGAGGGAGAGACCUAAAGGAAAGGAAGCUGUUAAAUCUGAAUCAUUUAUUGAACAAAGCCCAGAUGAUUUGAAGCAAGUUCUUAAUGGACAGAAAAUAGUACUAGAUUACUGAAUGCAUAUCCUAGAUAUUUCCGAGUUACCAGUUCUGGUGAAGUGCAGCGCCUUGAGCAGACUGACAUUUCUGUGAGCGGUGAUCUUUUUCUCAACCAUGGAAGUCCAUCAUGGUGGUCAUUUCAUGAUGCCAAUGCCUUGCGCAAAAUGGAAUGUGAAGGGAUGAGUGGACCACUUGCUAUUGUUGUUUCUGAGGAGACCCCACAGGGCAUUAAUGGUGAAACCCUAAGCAAGUUCAGUAUAUGGAGUCUUUACAUAACUUUUGUUCUAGCAGUUGGCCGCUUUAUCAGGCUGCAGUGCUCUGUUAUAAGAAUGAGAAUACUUUAUGAGAACCCCCCAUCUUGCAAAAGAUAUAUUGAUGUGAUGCAACCGUCCAUGCCUAUCCAAGGAGCUGAAGAUCGGUGGCCGUGAUCGUCUCAUAUUAUCUUAUAUUUUUAUUUGGAAUUUUAUUUAGUUAUGCAUUAUCCAUUUUUACCCUUAAUUAAGGGUCUAGUCUUAUGUAAGCCUUAGGGGCAUAUUCGUCUUAUUUUAGUCUUUUGAUUUCUGAGGCCUAUAUAUAGAGGUCCUUGCUUUUGUAUUGACAUUAUGGGGUUUUAAUAAAAAAAAAAAUGUUCUGCACUUU